UAUUUAACGAAUGUAAACAGCAAGCUGUCAACUCAAUUAAUUUUAUUGCAAUGUUGGUAGAUCUUUUACAAACAUGCAGGUAUUGAGGUAGCUUCCGUGCUUGAAACACGAUAGUGAGUAAAGAUGGACUUUGAGUUUACCAACAUAUGUGUGGAGGCUGCUGGGAGAUUGAUUCUACAAAAUGUUUCUGGGACACUCAAACCUGGAGAGCUGCUGGCCAUCAUGGGACCUAGUGGAGCUGGUAAAACUACAUUGCUGAAUACACUUAAUGGAAGGAAACAGUUUUCUGGCAGUAUCCUGGUCAACGGUUCUCCACUCAACAAAGCCAUUAAACGCAAUAUGUGCUAUGUAUUGCAGCAGGAAUAUUUCUUUGGCAACUUGACUCUGAAUGACACUCUUCAGUUCACUGCGAUGAUUCGUUUGCCAGAGGAGAUGAGUAGAGAAAACAAGAUGGCUAGAAUGAAUGCUGUUGUCAAAGCUUUACAACUGGAAGGUUGCCUCGGCACAAUAAUGGGCGACAUGUUCACACCGGGUCUGUCAGGUGGAGAGAGAAAACGUGCAAACAUUGCCUGUGAGCUACUGAGAGAUCCAGCCAUCAUAUUCCUGGAUGAGCCGACUACUGGCCUGGACUCAAGCACAUCUGCCAGCCUGAUGUCCUUGUUGAAGGCCUAUGCGGUGCAGGAACGAAAGACUGUGAUUGCCUCCAUCCACCAGCCCUCCUCCCAGAUCUUCUUCCAGUUUGACAAGCUACUGCUUCUCUCUGGGGGUCAGGUUGCAUACUUUGGUCUGACGGAAAAUGUAGUCGACCACUUCCAGUCAGUUGGUGUUGAAAUCGCAGAUGACUACAACCCGGCUGACUUCAUCUUGGAGGCAUUAGCAGAGAGUGCAGAAGUGAGAGAGAAACUUCUGCAUGCUGCAAAUGGAAGUAUAAGAGCAGGGCCCAUUGAGAAAUUCUCGGUGACAGAACAAAACAACGGUAAAAACUUGUUGGACAAAGUCUCAGAGAAGUUUACCAAGAAAAAGGCCAACACUACAGAAGAAACCAGUGGAAUGGAUCCUGGCAGCGUGAGGAUGAGCCUCCUUGACCUAGACAACGAUCUCGAUGCCAAGGACUCAGUUACCAAUGACAACCAAAAGUGGCCCACUGGGUUCUGGACCCAGUACUCUCAGCUGACUAUUCGAACAUUCAAGCAGUCGCGCUCCAGAAUUCUCACCGUCAAUAAGUGUGCGGAGAAUCUGCUUGUUUGCGCCUUUGUCUGCCUGAUAUUUUUCCAGCUGCCUCGGACAGAGGAUACCUUACGAGACCGGAUGGGGGCUGUUUUCUUCAUCGCUGCACACUGGAGUUUCACACCACUGUUUGAUGCUGUCACCUCCUUCCCAAUGGAACGUAUGGUUAUCAACAAGGAGCGGCUGGCAGGCUGGUACCGGCUAUCCGCUUACUACCUUGCCAAGAUGACCAGCGAACUACUUCUCAUACUCAUACAGCCCCUUGUAUUUGUCAUCCUAGCCUAUUGGGUGAUUAACCUGAACGGCAUUGCAGCGUUUUUUGCAACACUUGGAACGGUGAUGCUGAAUUCAGUUGCGGGACAGAGUUUUGGGCUGUUUGUUGGGAUAGCAUGCCUUCAAGUGAACCAGGCCAUGACAGUCUCUAUCACGUUCCAGAUGGCCAUCAUGUUAUUGGGAGGCCUGUUCACCCGCAACAUCCCUGUGUUCAUAGACUGGAUGAAGUACCUGUCCUUCCUUUAUUACUCAUUCCACUCUCUGAUGGUUCUCGAGUUUGAACAUGCUCAACCAGUCAAGUGUUCAUCUUCCAGUAACAGUUCAGUUUUCCUGGUUUGCCAAGAAACCAAUGUAACUUCUAUACCUUCCCAUAUGGUACUGGAGUACUAUGAUAUAACCUGGUCCUACUGGCAGUACAUUUUACCACUACUGCUGUUUACUGUGAUCUUUCGAGUACUGGGCUACAUUACACUAAGAUAUUUCAGAAAACCAUUCUAGAAGUGACAGUUUCAACAGACAGUAUUAUUGUUAAGUGAUAACAUUAAUGACAUUAAUGAAAAUUAAGAAGGUGCCUCACUCAACAUGAGAAUGUGGUUCUUGUUGUGUGUUAUGUUUGUUGUUAUUAUACAUAUUUUAUUUCGUUUUAGAUUCAUGUUUCUAUAUAAAAAAAUAUUUAUGUUUGAUGAAACAAUUAUUGUCAACACGAUUUCAUGUUUUUCUUGCUAAAAUGUAUUUAAUGUAUAUUUUAAGUGAAAAUUUGUACAAGAUUGUUUUUCUGAUCUCCCUGAAAACAACGCUGCUUUAUAAAUGAACAAUCUGAGAUCUGCAAGUUCCUUUACAUAUUUUACAAUCAUAACAUCAACAUAUUGUUUUAUUUUGCUGAGUUUUAUCACUUGAAUACAUCCAUUUUACAUGUGUUUUACAAGGAUCAUGUAUAGCUGUUGUCCUAUUGUUGUAUGUUAUGUUUAAGACUAUGUUGUUGGUUGGACAUGUACUUCAUCUAAUACUUGAGAAUCUCCAUAUUAAAUACUCAAGAGCACCUUGAUAUACUCCUCAUUAAAUUAAUUUUAUUAUUAUACAUUUUAUUAUCAAUCAGAAAAUAGCCAUAAUUUUACAAUUGUUAACACUUUUUAUAUGUAUUUGUAGAUAUAUCCUUUACUGCCAUUAUAUAGUGUUAAAUUGUAUAACAGAUAUCUAUGUUUUGCAUAAUCAACAUUAAACAGAAUCUCAUUUAUGUUAAAAUGUACAAGCUACUCUCGUUGGUUCAAAGUCUCCACUAAGGACCUAUUUUUGUAGUGCUAUUUACUCACAUAAUGUUAUGUCAUUGGGCUCUAGUUUGCAAGGGUAACAUUUUCUGAUGGCUGACAGAGCACACUGUUGUAUUACCACAAUGGUUUAUUUAAAUAUAAUUUUUAUCUCAAACUACAUCAAUUUGAUGUAUAACUGUGUUUUUCAAUUAAUUCAACUAUAAGCUAUCUGUGUAAAUUAAGACAAUUUAUUAAAACCACUACUUAAAUUUGCUGUACACUGCAGUUGUAGCAAUCUUCUUCUCGACUAAAUGUAAAAUGGUUCAAGUAAAAUAUGGAAUAGAAACUUUGCAUACAAACUUGGUUUUUGUAGAAACAGCGUUCAUACAAUUUGCGCUCAAACAUUUAUUCACAAUUACAUGCCCAUAAAGUAAGUUAUUAAUACGACACAAACUGACAUUCUAUCAUUCUUCAUAAAAGUAACAUAUAGAUAAAUUGUUUUGUGUAAUCUUUCUGUGUUGUCUACAUCUUUGUUAAAGUUAAAAUUUAUUGUGUUUUAGAAUUUAAUUGAAUGUGCUUUUGAAUGAUUUAUAUCUUUGCUCUGAUUAUUAUAUAAGCCAUGCUCUGUGAAAAGGGGGUUUAAUGCAUGUGUGGGCAGUGUUGUCCCAGAUUAGCCUGUGCAAUCUGCAAGCCUGUGCAAUCUGCAUAGUCCACUGGUAAUCAGGGACGACACUUUCUGCCUUAACUGGAUUUUUGCUAAAAAGAGACUUAAAUUUCUUUAAACAGACAAUAUCAUAACAGCGGAAAGUGCUGUCCCUGAUUAGCCUGUGCGGACUGCAUUACAACCCCCUUUUCACAGAUCCCUGCUCAUAUAUAAUUAUGAAUCUUAAAAAUAAGAUGAUCUAAUAUACAUUAAUAUUAUUAGUUUUAUAAUUUGUUGUUGUAUGUACAACUGUUUUAAAAUAUUUUGAUAUAUAAAUAUUAAAUAGCAGUGAUUUUUUUUGCACAAAAUCACAGCCUCUUACAGGCUGUUUCGCAAUUGUAAAAAGUAAAAAAAGGCUGUUUCCCAAUGGCAAAAAACAACAACAUUUUUUCCAAAAAAUCUGGCCAAAAUUUCCCAAAAUAUAAGUCAAACUUUUUAAUUUUACUCAAUUAUUGGUGUAUUGAGAUUGUCAUACAGCAGUUUAAUUCCCUAGUACUUUAUUAUAUAGAUUUUAGAAAGCAGUUAUGCACUUAUUACCAAUUGGUAUACUGUUAUUUAUAAUAAUUAUAAUAAUGUUUAAUUUUUCCCAAUUUCAUGGUCUAUCGCGCAUUUUUUUUCUUCAAUCAAAAAGGCACAGGCUAUAAAAUAUAAAGCGCCAAAAAAAAUCACUGAAUAGAUAUUUAGUUCAUCCUAAUUCAUAUGCAAUUAACAGUAUGGAGUUAAGGCACUAUGAAUACUCUUCAUUUGAAGAUUUGAAUCUGACGCAGACAAUUUGUUAAUAAACACAUUAUAUUAUGAAGGUAGGAUGGCAUCACAUUUUUCUGUUGGUCCCCUCAAGUUGUUGGGAGACGACUUUUUUGUAUUUAUAUGAUUACUGACCAUGCAGAGAGACCAUGUUUAAUUUUAAUUGUAGUUUUGCAUUUAUGUUCAUAAUAUUGUAAAAUUAUAUAAUAUUUAAAUUACCAACAUAUGAAGCAACUUUGUUUUUUUUUGUAGUUUUUUUUAAACAAGGUACAAACUAGUGACAAAGCUUUUAUAAAAUCAAUAUUAACCUUUAAGUAUAUACUCAAAAUUUGUUGUUGUUUUGGAGGUUGUCUGUGCAUUUAAUUUUACCUUUUCUAAUGCUACAAUUGUUUUCAGCUCACCUGAGCACAAUGUGCUUAUGUUUAGCCUUUUAUGAUUGCCUUUUGUCAGUCGUCCGUCAUAUGUCACCAACAUUUGCCUUGAUAACACUCUAGAGACCACAUUUAUAGUCCAAUCUUCUUUAAAUAUGGUCAGAAGAUUUGGGCCCGUAUUCACCAAACAAUUCUUAGACUUAAGUCUAAAAAUAAAGAAAAUUCUUUAAAUUAGAAUAUGCAAGAAUUUCUUUAAUUUUGAGUCAAACUCUACAGUACACAUCUCUAUCUAUAUUAUUCUUCAUAUAGAACAUUUUGUUAAUGAAAUAAUCACCAGUGGAGCCCUGUAUAUAUUCAAACACUGAACACAUUUUUCUUGGUUCUAAGUCUAUUCUUUAUUCUUAAGUCUAAGAAUCGGUUGGUGAAUACGGGCCCUGAUUCAAUGAUAUCUUAGACGUGUUCGAAUAUGGUUACAGUUGCUUGAGAAUAAUAAUAUAGUAAAACCUUUUAAACUCUCUAGAAGUCGCAUUUAUUGUCCGAGCUUCAUGAAAUGUGGUUAUAAUAUUGUCCCAACGAUAUCAUGGACAAGUUUGAAAAUGGUUCAGGUUGGUGGAAAAACAUGGUCCCCAGGGGGUGGGGCAUUUUCCGUUAUAUUGCUAUAGUAAAACCUUGUUAAUACUCUAGUUACUUAUACUUAUGUUGAAUGGCAGCACCUUUUCAUGUUUGUUGCAGGUCAAAUGUAAUAUCACAAAAUUAACGCACCCAUAACGUGUUUUAUUGAGUCAGGAGGACUCACAUUUCAGUGUCAGGAAUAGCCAUUUUUAGAACUGCAUUAGGUGUUAAAUUGUUAUCCUUUUUAAUUGCUGUUGAAUUUAGCCUUCCCUUUUUAAAGGAAAGUUUACACAGUAAAUCCUUUGUAGACGUGCAUUGUUGUAUGAUGUGAUUAAAGUGCGUUUUGUU